AAUUAGCAAUCAUGGCGGGAAAAAAUUCCAUCUCGUUUAUUGGGAGCGUGGCACUUUUAGUAUCGUCCAUGACGGGACCUGGAGUUGUCACAAUUCCUUUGCUAUUUCAGUCAGCAGGAUGGCUCAUACCUUUAGUCGUCUUUGCUCUUGCAGUUUUAUUAAGUGGUUUCGCUUCGUUAUUUCUAUGCGAAGCAUUAAGUUCCAUUCAUGGAAAUGAGCGAUUCCAGGCAAGUGUCAAGGACAAAUCAGCAUUGUACUUAUUUUGA